AUGCUAUCUACUGUGCUAACCUACGGACAGAUCACCAAAGUAGUGAUUGAGCGUUACGAAGAGCAACGAGCGAAUUUCCGAAACCAUUUUGGCCACAACUUAUGGCCUGAACGAGUUGGACGGCCUGUUUUCAAGAAGACAUCUUUUGCUCGCGGGCGAAGAUACUCUCUCCUUCCAGCACUUUCUCUCGACGGUGUAAUUUAUAUUCAAGUGACGGAAGGCUCAUACAUAGCCGCCAAGUUUUACGACUUUGUUGACUGCCUUCUUGACUACAUGCAACCUUUCCCAAUUGUGGUGCACUAG